CCACCAUCCCCAGUAGUUGGUACUUGUCGGCCGCAGCCUCGUCGUGUACGAUGCAAGCCGCCAAUUUUGCGCCGUCUAUGACCCCCCGGCCGCAAAAGGCGGCGCCGUCCCCCCGGAAGGCGCGCAUGCUGAACCACAAGGCGCCGUCUGUGUCCCCCAUCAAAGUGUCAGCGUCUUUGAGUCUGUCCAAGCAUGCCCCGCACGAACCGGUGGAAGAGCCAGCGUUACGACCGAGUAAGCUCAAAUGGGACGGAGAUACCCACGCCGUGCGCAACUUGCAGAGCCACAUCCACUUUGGCACGACCGCUGUGAGCGGCGUGGGUGAGAUCGUCCUGGUGUUCGACGGCUACGGCAUCCACCUGACGACGGACGAGGCCAAGAACCUCCUGUGUGAGUACGAAGAGAACAACGACCUGAACCUGCCGUACCAAGAGUUUGUCGACAACUUUGCACUCAUGCUGCGCUCCAAAGAGUCGGGAAAGCGCCACGUCAUCAAGAAGACCCGGCUCACGGAACACGUCAAGCGGCUGCAGACGUUCCAGCACGGUGUCAUCCAGGAAAUGAACGAGCUGCUCAAGCUUCGCCUGAGGGAUUCGUGGUCGACGUUUCGUGAAACUUUGCGGGGCCUCGACAAGGACAAGAGCGGGUUUUUGUCGGCGGAAGCGUUCUUGAAGGUAUUGCGCAAGUUCAACAUCCCCAUCACAAUGGAGUCGCUCGAGAGUCUCAUGCUUCGGUACGACGCCAACGGCGACGGCAUUGUCAACUAUGCCGAGUUCAUUGCCCAGUUUGGCGCGUCGUUUUCCAACUACAACGCCGAGCGGGUGGGGAAUUCGAUUCUCCAGCACACGGCCCACGACUUUAGCGUGGCGGCGGUGGACGAGAAGGAGCAGUCCAACUUUUUACGUGGCCAAGUGCGCAAACUGGUGGACGACAAGGUUGCCGCCACGUGGACAAACUUGCGGGCAGCGUUUCUCGAGCUGGACGCGGACAAGAAUGGGAUUCUCACGCCGGACGAGCUCAAGCGCAUGCUCAUGCGGUUCCAGAUCGACUUGACAGACGGCCAAUUCCAGCAGUUGCUCGCGUGUUACGACACCAACAACGACGGCCAGGUGAACGUGGUCGAAUUUUUCAAUCACUUUGGCGAGGAAAUCAAGUUUGGCGACGCGGUCACACCGUCGUCGUCCCCGGCCAAGUCGAAAUUUGUGCUUGCCGAGCGCACGUCGCUGGUCAUGGGCGAAAAGGUGCACCAGAACGACCUCCCCAACAUCAAAGAGCACUUUUCCCGCCUCGAAGAUGCCACGUGGCACGCCAUGUACCUCGAUUUUGUGGACGCGGACCUGCAGAAAACUGGGUGGAUUCCCCGCGCGCAGUUUUUGCACAUUUUGAGCAUGUACAUGGGGGAACUCCCGAACAAGAACAUCCUGUCCAUCUUUCGGUCGUGUGGAAGCCACCACAAUGACCUGAUGAACUACCGCGACCUGGUCAAGGCGUAUCGCCCCAAAGUGAUGGGGCUGUACGCGCCACACCCGAACAAGAACACGAUGAACGCCCCCAAGCAGAGCCCCACCGAGUACCUUCUCAUGGAGACAAGCAUUCGCGAAAAGAGAAGUCAGAUGGAGAUGGGGGUGUGGAAAAUGCUCAAGAACGAAGUGAUUGCCGCCGAUGUCAAGCGCAUCGGUCGCGUCACAGCUGACUGCUUCACAAGCAUCGUCAAGCACCACAUGCAUCUCCGGGACGAACAAAUUGCGUUCUUGUGUUUGUUUUACGAAGACAAGGCGAAUACCCAUCACACGUGCUCGAUUCGGUACUCAAGUUUCCUCACCGACUACGACACAGCGGCGGACGACGACGGGUCCCUGAGAGGAGGGGGGUACACCCGCGAAGACGACGAGGACGACGACGUGUACAUACCACCCCACAUGCCCCCGCCGCAGCUCCGCUUUGGGCGCCCCCCAGACAACUCGGUCAAAGCAGCCAUCCGCCAGCACCUGUCAUCCAUCGAAGCGGCGCUCCUCCUCGCCGACACCGACCUCAAGGGCAUGAUCGGCCGAGACGAGUGGGUCGGUAUCCUCCACGACCACCACAUCAAAUGCGACGCGAGUCAGUACGACGAGCUGUUUGGACGGUACACAAACGCGUCGUUACAAACUCUGCGAUACCGUGAACUGCUCUUGGACAUCGAGUCAGGGAUCCAAGGUAAGACGGUGGAAGGAGGGGGGUUCGGGGGCUUGGGGGGGCUCUCGGCGACGAGCGGCGGGGCGUCGACAGACAUUGCCGGAAAUGGAGCCAUUCGAACGCUGGACGAAGCCAAAGCGAUGCUACGGCACCACUUGACUUCGUCCGCGUCUUCACAACGUCGUGUGUAUAAGUACUUUUCACUGGUCGACACGACCAAGUCGGGUCAGCUGCCGUACCCCGAAGUCCGUCGCGUGCUGGAGAAGAUCGGGCUCGUGUUCGGUGACAUUGACGUGUUCACGGCGGUGAUGUCGUACUAUGACGUCGACAACACGGGGAUGGUGCCGUAUUUGCAGCUGCUGCACGCCAAUGGCGGCAAAGACCCCGACAAAAUGACAGGCCUGAGCGACUUGGCGAGCAAUUGCUCGUAUUACAGCGCGAUUUCCAUCGCCCCCAAGGCAGUGGCGUCCGGACCGCGGCGUGCCCAACUCGCUAAGUCCCACGAGAUGAUCACCCAAGUGAUCAACCACCACGUCGAGGACGGCAAGGCCGCCGUGGGGGGCGCCAUCGACGCCGAAGACAAGAUGAAGGCGCUGCUGGCGAAACGGUGGAAGACAAUUCUCAAGAUGUUUCAGCAACUGGACACGGAAAAGCGCGGGACGAUUUCCCAGGCGUCGUUCAAAAAGGUCAUGGACAACGUCGGGCUCACGCUGACCUUUGAAGACGUGCUGCGGAUAUGCAAAAAAUAUGACUCGGACAACAGCGGCCGACUGCAGUACCAUGCGUUCCUAAAGCAACAUGUCCAAGGCAAAAGUACUUUGAGCGAGUUCGCGCCGUUAAAAAUGGACUCGAAAGAGGUCCAUAAUCUCCCGGCGUUGAGUCCUCGCAAAUCACGGGUGCCGGACGACGUGCGCGGCACCCUCAAACAAAAGUGGAAGUCUGUGUAUGCGUCAUUGAAGAAGCUCGACGCGACCAACUCGGGGCGCCUGAGUCCGCAGCAUUUUCGCCACUUGCUCGAAUGGUUUGGCAUCACCCUCACCGAUGACAAUUACUACAUGUUGCUCAAGGACUUUGACUCGAUGGACGACGGCCAUGUAAAUUACAACACAUUCAUGCGCGCAUGUUUAGAGUAGGCUCUAGGAGGAUAUAUAAACACGAGUUCACGCUUUUUGUUAACAUAACGUAAAAAACCAGUUUAUGAUAA